CACCGGCCCGAAGAUGGGAAAGUGUGUGCCGCCAGACCCCCAUUGAAUGUGCCGGAGUGUCUCCACAUUUUACCGGCGAUGACAGACAUGGCACAGAGAUGUAUGGAUAACCUGCAGAUGCAUUUGCAACGAUAAAGUCAACGAAAUCACAAAGCAGGUCCAUGCAGACAAGUUUCCUGACCCUAAAAAGAGAUCCAAACUUCCCCACCUUCGUGACAAGAUGGUGAAGGACGCGUCCUACAACACGUCCAACUUGUGGAGGCGACCUCGCUGCGGCGUUCCAGACUAUCCAAACCACAGGGAGAUCCUUUACCGGGGUCAACACCGCCAGAGGCGCUUUGUCCUCUACGGAGGACGGCUGGACAAGACGGACCUCACCUACAGGAUUGUGCGUUUCCCAUGGCAAAUGGGCGAGGAGAAGGUCCGUCGAGUGUUCCGGGAAGCUCUGAAGAUCUGGAGCGACGUGACGCCACUCACCUUCACCGAGAUCCGCAGCGGGAAGGCAGACAUCCGUAUCGACUUCACCAGGUACUGGCACGGAGACACCCUCCCCUUUGACGGCCCGGGUGGAAUCCUGGCUCACGCCUUCUUCCCCAAAACGCACCGCGAAGGCGACAUGCAUUUCGACUACGACGAGUCGUGGACGCUCGGCAACCACAUGGGCACCGAUCUCCUCCAGGUGGCGGCUCACGAGUUUGGACACGUGUUGGGUUUGCUGCACUCCGAGGAGCCGGGCGCCAUCAUGUCCGCCUACUACUCCUUCUCCUACCCGCUCAUGCUGAGUGACGACGACAAGCGAGGCAUUCAGUACCUCUAUGGCACUCUUCCUAUAGUUCUUCCGCCACCGCCUCCACCUCCGUCGCGGCCGCCUCCACCACCGCCUCCACCUCCGCCUCCACCUCCGUCUCGGCCGCCUCAGCCGCCACCGUCUGACCACGAGACCAACGAGAUCGUCUCUCAUCCCGAUGUUUGCCAGACGGACUUUGACGCCGCCUCCAUGAUUCGGGGCGAGCUCUUCUUCUUCAAGUCGGGGUACGUGUGGCGAAUCAGGGACGGACGUCUGGAAAACGGUUAUCCCGCGUUGGCAUCUCGCCACUGGAGGGGAAUUCCGGAUAAUAUCGACGCCGCUUUUGAAGACAAGGCGGGAAAUAUUUGGUUCUUUCAAGGUGAGAGCUACUGGGUGUUCGAUGCGGAGAUGCAGGUUCGUGGGCCCGAGUCCAUCAGAAGGCUGGGUCUGCCAGUGCCAGGCAUCCAGGCGGCGCUUCGCUGGGGUCACGACUCCAACUACAACACCUACCUGUUCCGCUCGGGAAGCUACUGGCGCUUCAGUCCUCGCCAGAACCGUUUGGACCCGACGUACCCCCGCAGCAUGCGCGACUGGAGCGGCAUACCCGCUGACGUGGACGCCACCUUCAGGGAUGCUUAUGGCUACGCCCACUUCAUCCGAGGACGCCAAUACUGGAAGUUCGACCCGGUGGCCAUGAACUCCCUGGAAGGCUACCCUCGCUACGUGGGCGUGGACUUUUUCGGAUGUCGAAACAUGUGACGGUGCAGAACGGAAGCGGACCAGGACGCGUGAACUUGACCUCCUCCGUGUGUUGGAAAACCUUGGUACUCAAAUUUUGUUGUUUGUCGGGAAAACCGGCACGGAUUUAGUCCAGGACUGGCAGGACAAGCCCGUCCAUCCUCAGGUGCUUCAUGAGUUUAAUUCUGUCCAGUCGGUCGACGUCACUCGGCGCGUCAAUGCUGUGAAGACGCUUCCUGGCGCCACCUACAGGUCAAGGUGGAUCAGCGUGAUGCCUUCAGGGAUUUCCUUCAUCAAGACCAGGUGCUGCCACUCCGACUCGUUAGUGCGGGUCACUGACGACUCUCCUUUUGCCAUCACGAUACUCUUUGAAGUCGCUAAAGCUGCGGCGCUUCACGGCUAGCUGGCCCGUUUGAAUGCCCCGCCCCCUUCCUGGUUUGAUCACUUAAGCUCCGCCCACUUAUACACGAGCAGUAUAAUAAUAAUGUUAUGUGGCUCUAUUAAAAGAAAACUGCACUUUUUUUACAUUUUAAACCAUCGUCUACAAUCCCGAUGAGGCAAGAAAACGUCUUUCACUUUAUUGUGAAUUCUAAAUAGUAAAAAGAAAACUGCUAUUUUUCUUUACUUAAAACUACUUAAAUUGUUUUAAUUUAGAUUAAAUUACACGUCUUUCACUUUAUUGUGCAUUCUAAAUAGUAAAAAACUGCUAUUUUUUUUAUUUAAAACUACUUACAUUUUUAAAAUUUAAAUUAGAUUAAAUUACACGUCUUUCACUUAUUGUGCAUUGUGAAUAGUAAAAAACUGCAUUUUUUUUAACUUAAAACUACUUUAAAAAAUUUUUAUUUAAAUUACACGCCUUUCACUUUAUUGUGCAUUCUAAAUAGUAAAAAUUUUUAAUUUUUUUAACUUAAAACUACAUUUAAAAAUUUAAAUUUAAAUUAAACUAAAUGUUUUUCACUUUAAUGUACAUUCUAAAUAGUAAAAAAACUGUUUUUUUUAACUUAAAAUUACUUCAAAAAUGUACAACUACAUUAACUUACAUGUUUUUUUUACUUGAAAUUACAUUAAAAAAUUGAAAUUAAAUUACACAUCUUUCACUUUAUUGUGCAUUCUGAAUAGUAAAAAACUAUAAAAAAAAUUUAACCUAAAAUUAUUUUUAAAAUGUUAAUUAAAUUAAAUUGCUUAUCUUUUACUUUAUUGUGCAUUUUAAAUAUUAAAAAACUGCAAAUGUUUUCAAAUACUUUGAAAAUUGCGUUUUUUUUACUUCAAACUAUCUAAAAAUGUAAAAUAAAAUUAAAUUACAUGUCUUUCACUUAAUGUGCAUUCUAAACAGUAAAAAACUGCUUUUUUUUUAACUUAAAAUUACUUGUGUACUCUAAAUAGUAAAAAAACUAUUAGUUUUUUUUAACCUAAAAAAAUUUAAUUACACAUCUUUUACUAUAUCGUGCAUUUUGAAUAGUAAAUACUGCUAUUUUUAAAACAUAAAAUUACUUUAAAAUUUUAAAUUUAAAUCAAAUUAAAAUAAAUUAAAUUACACCUUUCUCACUUUAUUCUGCAUGCUGAAUAGUUAAAAACUGCAACAAUGUUUGACUUAAAAUCACUUAAUUUUUUUUAAAUCAAAUUACAAAUUUUUUUGACUGUGCAUUCUAAACUGUAAAAAACUGUUGUUGUUUUUUAACUAUGAUUAUGUUAAAAAUUGUAAUUAAAAUAAAUUAAAUUACACAUCUGUAACUGUAAUGCCAUAAACUGCUAUAUUUUUUGUACUUACAAUUACUUUUGAAAAAUUUUAAAUUGAAUAAAUUGAAUUCAAUUACACAUUUUUCACUUAAAAAAUGUAAUUGAAAUGAAAUUAAGCUUUUUUAUUUUAUUUAUGCUUUGUUUUAAAAGGAAUUUAACUUCUCCACUUAUUGCCGCAAGCUAGGACUGCACACGUGAGAUACAUGAUUUAAAAACGUUUCAAAACUCAAAGGCAAUACGGAAGUUCACCUCUCGCUAGUAGCCUAUACCAAUAAAAAAAAGUAGUUCCUCAGUUAGCUCCUACCCUAACAAUGAUGCUACAUGGAAAUGGGGCAUUUUUGGAUGUUUUCAGGGUGAAACUACUUACUUCAAUUGUUAGCCACCUCUUACUAGCUGUUUUUUUACUACUCAAAAGCAUAUAAAAAGUGAAAGACAUGUGUUCCUGCCUCGCAUGAAGAUUGUGGGCAAAACUCCCAAACAAGUGAAGCACUAUUGCUAACAUAUGCUAGCCGUGACAAAGCAGCCUUAACCACUUCAAUAAUAUGAAUUAUUAACAUAUUUAUACACUUGUACAUACAUGCUUUUUUUUUUUUUUUACUCCAAUGUAACCAUUCAUCGUGUAUCAACUCUUUGUUCACAAUAAAGUUUGAUCUUAUUGAA